AUGCUUCCCAAGAUCGCUCUGGCACUGCCAGUGCUCUCCGCAAUCGCCGCUGGCGUUUCGGGCGCUGCCAUCCGCACCCGCGGCAGCGGUGUCAACCCUGCCGACUUCAGCUCGGAAGGUCUCGUCGCCAUCGGACAGUUCUCUGCUAGCGCCAGGGACAAGAACGGAGAGACCAUCGGUGGCAUCGGCUCCGCGGGUGGCCUCGUACCUGGCCAAUUUUUUCGCAACGGCGACACAUACUCGGGCCAGCUCUACCUUCAGCCUGACCGUGGCUACAAUGUCGAGAACACCAUCGACUAUGUUGCUCGCCACCACCUCUUCGAUUUCUCGUUCAAGGAGUACACUGGCUCGGCUAACCUUACUUUCGAUCAGGCCAUCAAGCUCUUCAACAUCACCUACCGCGACACCACCUUCUACCACGAGUCUUCAGGCAAGAACACCACCGGUCUCGACCCUACCAUUGUCAGGACCGGCGGUCUGAGCGGAAGCGGAUCCAGCGACGGUCCACUCGCAGCCGCGGACGCCCCCAACAACCCAGGCGCGCUCUCAUUCGAUACCGAGGGCUUUUCAGCCAACCCGGAUGGCACGUUCUGGGUCUCCGACGAGUACACUCCCGGAAUCUAUAAGACCGCCGCCGACGGCACAAUCAUCGCCUACAUCACACCACCCGAGGCAGUGCUGCCUCGCAUCGGUGGCAAGUACAACUUUACCUCAAAGGCUACGCCUGACUCUGGUCGUGCACCCAACGCGGGCUUCGAGGGAAUGGCCGUCUCUUGGGAUGGCAACCAGCUGUUCGCCGUGCUUCAGUCUGCACUCGUUCAGGACGGUGGCGAUGGUGCUCCUUACCUGCGCAUCUUUGAGUGGGACAUUUCGUCCCUUUCCGGCGUCACCACUUACCAAGGAGGUGCUAACCCAGGUGACAACAUCCCCUUGAUCGCCGAGUACGCUUACAAAGCGCCCACUUCGAGCAAGGGCAAGGCUCGCAACGUCAACGAUCUUAUCUACCUUGGCCACAAGACCGUUGGCAUCCUCGUCCGCGACGGUAACGGAUUCGGUAGCGACGACUCUGGCGUCAAGUACAAGCACAUCGACAUCCUCGACCUCUCCACAGGCACCAACAUCAACGGAACUAAGUACAACACUGCCACCGGUUCCAUUGCUCCCGGAGGCAAGCUCUCUAGCGGUAUCAACCUCGCCUCGUACAGCAGCCUCGUCGACUACACCACUGAUCUAGGCAAGUUUGGCAUGCACGGCUCUGGUGACCCCGUCGACCCUACUUUGAUCGCUGCCAAGAUCGAGAGCUUGAUUCUGCUGCCUACGCUGCCAAAGUCGAGCAGCGACAGCAGCUUCGACAAGGACGAGUACUACAUCCUCUCGUUCAGCGACAACGACUUCCAAACCAAGAACGGAUACAUGCGGGCGCUCGGUGCUUACUCGGCCGCAUACCCACAAGACGUGCCCACGCAGGCUUUCGUCUUCAAGGUCAAGCUUCCCGGUGUCAACCGCGGAGACAUGCUUUCUCGUCUGGGCCUUUCGUAG